AUGGAGCUGCUCACAGUGAAGAGAAACGAUUCCUUCAGAUUUGUGAGAGAGGAAGAAGUGUCUGCCAUGAUCGGGUCCAUCUGGCAGGAAAGCGGGCAAGGAGCACAGUGUGUGGAUGUGAAGAAGAGACUCUCCUCCCUUACUCAAAAUAUUGUCUGUACAAUGUUUGCCAGCAGGACGUACUCCGACAACGACUUGAAUGGAGGACAUAGCUUCAAACAAAUGGUUGAAGAAAUGUUUGUUCUAGCCGGUGCAUUUUGCGUUGGUGAUUUCAUUCCUUCUCUCCAAUUGCUCGACUUCCAAGGAUUCCGUCAUCGCAUGCAGGCUGUUCACAAACUAUUGGACGGAUUUGCUGAGAAAGUAAUAGACGAGCACAUUCAUCGUAGAUUGGAAAACGGAAAACCGAACGAAGAAGAUCGUGUUAAAGACAUGCUGGACGUGAUGCUCAGCAUGGCCGAAACGAAUGACCAGACAAUCUCAAGGGUCGACAUCAAAGCCAUGAUCAUGGACAUGUUAAACGCGGGAACGGAAACAUCGGUGACAUUGGUAAAGUGGGCGAUGAGUGAAUUGCUGAAGAAUCCUGCAACGCCGGCACGAGUGCAGCAGGAGAUGGAAUCAGUAGUGGGCAGAGACCGCCGAGUAAAGGAGAGUGACGUCAUGAGCUUCGAGUUCUUGCGAUGCGUUGUGAAGGAAACUCUUCGACUUCAUCCGCCAGCUCCUCUGCUAUUGAACGAGUCGAUGGAAAGCUCCGGCGCUGGAGGAUAUUUCAUUCCUCCAAAGACGAGGGUGUUUGUGAAUGUGUGGGCGAUUGGAAGGGAUGAAAACGUUUGGAAAGAUGCUCAUCAGUUUAAGCCCGAGAGGUUCAUGGGGUGUAAUAAGGAUGUGAGAGGUCAGGACUUCGAUUUGUUGCCCUUCGGAGCAGGCAGAAGAGGAUGCCCUGGGAUUUCCAUGGGUCUUUCCGUUAGUGAGUUAGCACUCGCUCAGUUGAUUCAUUGCUUUGAUUGGAGUGUGGAGGGCGAGGUAGAUAUGGAGGAAGAGUUUGGAUUAACCUUUCCCAGAAAAAAUCCGCUGUUUGCCUGCCCUAAAUGGAGGCUGACUACUGAAUAUCCUAGUUAA